CACACACAUCGACAUCUGUUUUUGUUUUCGUUGGAGCUAAGAAGAAGGAAGUGUGCUUGGAAUUGGCGGCAGUUUGACCGCAGCAACGUCGCUUGCAACACACACACUCACAUGGAGCUUCGCACAUACACACACUCGUACGCGUUCGUCAUCAAACUAAGAGGCCUUGCCGCCCCACUCUGAACCCCUACCCCUAUUCCUCCCUCUGCGUUCACCACCCAUUGUGACAUUUGAUUUAUUUGACGUGUGUGUUUUUGAUAGAAGCUCAACACGAAACUGACACACGUUCUGGCACACACUACCAAUACCACUACCACGGCGAAACAGAGACGCUUAGUCGCCCAAGAAUUUGUGUAGUGGGCAAAAAUAAAAUACAUUUCAUAUUUGCCCUAAGUGUUUAUACUGUGGCAAUAUUCAUGAGAAGAGUCACAUUAAGUCGAAACAAAACCAAAGUCAAUGAGCGGUAAUACAUAGUAAAAUUUGUUCAAAAAAGCUGUGGAAUCAACAACAAGAAUCUAAAGAAGAAGAACAUAAUAUAUUUUGCCAAAAUGAUGCUACACGAGGCAGUUAUGUUGGAGAUCUACCGGCAGGCACUAAGUGCAAGUGAGCUGGCAAGUCCUCGUUGUCAAUCCCGAGAAUCGAGUGCCUCCGCUGCACCGGGCGACAUUCGCUGUCCGUCUAAUGAAUCGCAUUGUUCGGCCAAUAACGAUUGCCUUACUCCAGCGCCAACACCCACAUCAAUUACACCUUCUUCACCGCCAGUUGGUCUACCACUGACAGCGACUUUGGCGCCAGCGGCAGCAGCGGCUUUGCUUCCUCCACAAUCUGCCGCGAUGGCGGCGUACUUGGCAGCCGCGCAGCAGAAUCACUUGCUGCUAACGAAUCCCUUGGCAGCAGCCGCUUCGCUGGUACAGCAGGCGACGCAACAGGCUGGAUCUCCUGGCAACAGAGGGCUAAUGGAGGAAUCGCCAGCCUUAGAUUUCAGCCGAAAACGCACGCAUAGCGAAGGAGACGAGGACGAGGAGCGAGAGGAUGAACGCGAACAAGAAACCGGAGAAGGUGACACAGGUCCAUUAGACCUUUCCGUAAGCACUCGAAAGCGGGAGUUUUCGAGUGGGGAUCAUGAUUCGCCCGUCCGUAAACUUCCUCGUACCAAUGACUACAAAUCACCACAUCCUCCAGCGAAUUGGGCACCUGCUUUGAAUCCCUAUCUGGCCGCAGUUGCUGCAAAAACUAGCAAUGAAGUUGCCAGCAAAGCAUUGGAAAAGAUGAGUGAGAUGUCACGAUUAGAUGCACCUACUUCUGCCAAUAGGAAUCCCCCUCAAUCUUCAGGUGGUGGUGGUGGCCGUCACAGUGCAUGGCAAUCGCACUGGCUCAACAAGGGAGCCGAUGCGGUUAAGGAUGUCUUCAAAUGCGUGUGGUGCAAGCAAAGCUUUGCUACGCUGGCGAAUCUCACCAGUCACAUGAAGGAAACGCAACACUGCGGUGUCCAAGUGCCAUCUCCAUCGUCAUCAUUAGGGACAACACAAGCUGGACGUCAGCCAACAGUAUCGACAUCAACCGGCUCUACCACCAGCACAAGCUCCACAUCAUCAUCAUCUAAUUCCAACUCUUCAAAGUCUGAGCUAAAUAUGCUAAUUAAAGAGACCAUGCCGCUACCAAGAAAAUUAGUACGUGGACAAGAUGUUUGGUUGGGAAAGGGGGCUGAACAAACUCGCCAAAUACUGAAGUGCAUGUGGUGUGGACAGAGUUUCCGCUCUCUGGCGGAGAUGACCAACCAUAUGCAGGAGACCCAGCACUACACCAACAUAAUAUCUCAAGAACAGAUAAUUUCCUGGAAGUCUGGUGAUGAGCGCGGGGGGGAACGAUUACCCCAGAACGGUGCUGUAGGAGCUGGAUCAUCUUCAUCAUCGGCACAGGGACCAGCUCUGGCGUCCAGUGUGUCUGCCGUGUUAACCUGCAAGGUAUGCGAUCAAGCCUUUGCCACUUUAAAAGAGCUUAGUUCGCACAUGGCUCAGCAGUCACACUACAAAGAUCCGACCUCGUCAUCCACCUCGUCUAUAUCGCCACCAGCAUCUAAUCCAGCACCACCGACUAUUGCUUCAGUAAAAAAAGGAGGCGGUCGCCAAACUCGGAAUGAGAAGCGCAAAAAGUCAUUGCCCGUACGAAAACUUCUUGAACUAGAACGAUCGGCAACCAGUGUGGGUUCCGGGUUGGAUUCAGCAUUGAAGCCGCUACGGGAUUUUGCUGCGGCAACAAAGAUAACCUGCGAGAAAUGUGGCGGUAAGAUCGAAACGGCUCUUUUUGUGGAGCACAUACGUAAGUGCCUGGGCGAUAGCAUUCCAAUUCCGCCACGCAGGCCUCCGGCUGAGCGUUUGGCCAGUCCCAGUGCCGGUCCCACAGGCGAAAAGCCACCUUCAGUCUUAAAUGCUUUGGAGCAGUUGAUUGAGAAGAGUUUCGAAUCCAGAGGAUCUCGCUUAAACCAGGGUGGAUAUUCCGAGUCGGGAACUCCUUUGGGCGCCAGCAUAUUGAAGCGCUUGGGCAUCGAUGAUAGCACCGAUUAUACUAAACCUCUGAUGGACGCCCAGGCUAUGCAUCUCCUCCGCUCUUCUUAUGCAGUACGUGAUCGCAGUGCAAGUGAGUCAAGCUCCACAAGCCGUGUCGAGUCAACAUAUACACCGGAUAGACAGCAGACACCAAGACGUACACCGGAGACUCCCAUUUCGGCUCCCGUUCUUCCCCUGCCACCACCACCGCCCAUUAUUAAAUCGGAGCCACUAGAUACUGAAGCAGGUGAAGCUGAUGUUGGCAUCAGGCAACAAAUCAAUGUAAAAAAAGAGUUCGCAAUGGAGCCAACAGCUGCGAAUCAGCGCGAUAGUCCAAAAUCGACCAGUGAGCGUUCAAGUAUAUCUUCGCCCACUCCGACAACGUCAACACCUGCUGAUAGUGGUAGUCUGCUCGCCCUAAACACAAUGUUUGAUCAGCUUAGCUCAGUGGAGGCCAAUAACAACAAUAACACUGGACAAUACAACCAUAAUAACAGUUCUAGUAGUAACUCGAAAAAACCAAGAGCUCAUCCCUUGGCCGCACUACAAAAGCUAUGUGAAACCACGGAUCCACCCUCGUCAAAUACCCGGAGUGCAUCUGCUUCUUCGACAUCUGGUGUCAACGGCAACGAUUUAGUGUCCUUCAGUUGGGCCUGCAAUGAGGCUGUGCUCAGCGCCAACGCAAAUAGUGGCAUCGAUUCCAUCAUUAAGUGCUCAUUCUGUGAUACACCCUUUGGCUCUAAAGGUGCUUAUCGACACCAUCUUUCAAAGGUGCACUUCGUCAAAGAUGCGGGCGAGGAUUCGCCAGUAGAGCAGUCACCCAAAUCUUUGCCACUGGCGUCACCAAAGCGAGCGGCCUCAAGGAGUCCGGCAUCGCAACAGCAACAGCCGUCACCAUCGCCCACCAUCAAUCCGUAUGAAGAGAGUCCGCAGUCCAAGUUUUUAAAGUACACGGAGCUGGCCAAGCAGCUGUCCUCAAAAAAUGCUUAGACCACCUUCAGUUACAGCAAUCAGGAUUUGGAUGAGGAUGAUGUGGUGGAAACCGCAAGAGGGAAUUCUUAAAUAAUGCUUUUUUUUAGUGUAUUGCGUUCCAUUCGUUCCACUCCAAUACUGAUUUCUGAUCAAUGAGAGAAUCUGCAAGUUCUCUAUUUCUCUCACCAACAUGUUGUUCUUUGCAGCGCCAAGUGAUUCCCCUACUUUUGCUGAAUUUCCCCAGUUUGUGUAUUCCCCUCUUUGAGGCUGGCAGUGACGUCACUUCAAUUGUCAGUCCGUUUGUUUUUAUUGUUUCCCAAUCAGACAUAAUGCUAUCUCAGUCGUUCAUGCGCGAGAGGGUCGUCUCUUUGAAUUCAAUUACCACCACUUUGACGAACUGCUGUCCAUCAUCAGAGCGGGCGGACGCCAAGCACGUACAUACAAAUACAUAUACGAGAUUACGAAGAGCAACAGAGAUGGUUAUAGUGCGCACUGCUAUUUGACGAAAAGCGACGACACGAGUUCGUCAAAGUUGGACCAAAAGCAAAAAAGAAACUGAGAACAACAUAAGCAAAAACAAAACUGACCCAUGCGAUUGGAUGGAGCAAAGCAUGAGCAAAAAGCAACAACAAACCCAAAGUAGGUGGGGUAAAUUGAGUUUAUUUGGAACCAGUCUGAGUGCAAACAUUUCGCUAUUGAGUGAGAUAAAUGCAUUGAGUUCAUGUUGAGCAAAAAUAACGAA